CCAAUCCCAUACUACAUACUGGGUACUAUCGCAAAGACCAAGACAAAGACACCCUCGGAUCCAUCCCGGAUGUACAGCGGAAGAGUGGAAGAGUGGAAGCAUCCGCUCCCACUCCUCCCCCUCCAUCCACCUCAUGACAGUACAUCCCAACAUAAUCUUCCUCAUAAUUGGUACGCGCAAUAACCUACCUACUACCUAUCUGAGCUACUCUAGGUGGGUACCCAAGUUAUUGCCGAUUUCGCUGUUGGGAUAUACCUCGACUAAUAUUGUUGGGAUAUCCUAGUCUCCAUAGGGAUGGAUGAUUGUCUAGAUGUCUCUGCGGGAAUUGAGGCUUUUAUUGGGAUUCUGCUUGGGGAGGGGGGCUUGUACAGGGUUCAAUUCGAUGGUUUGCUCGGUUAUGACCUCGUUGAUUACUGGGUAGAUACGGUUGAUGUAUACUGUGACGAUGGUUAGGUCCGUUGGCUAUAGUGAAGCUCAAGUCUAGUCAAGUUCAAAUCUACUGCAACUUAUAGGAAAAGAU